AUGUCGCACUUCUACGACCUGGAACGGAUCGACAGCAAGGAGUUGGUACGCGGUGUAAUGUUGCAAGCGGUAUGGGGCGAGAAGGUGAUGUUGAGCCGUGUCGAUAUCUCGCCCGGCGCCGAGGUCCCCCUGCACGACCACCCUCACGAGCAGGCCGGCACCCUGCUGGAGGGCGUGAUGGAGAUGACCAUCGGCGACGAGACGCGGGAGCUGGGGCCCGGCGACUCCUACGUGAUUCCCGGCGGCGUGCAACACAGCGCCCGAGCCAUCGGCGGCAGGGUCAUCGUGCUGGACAUAUUCUCGCCGCCGCGCGAGGAGUACAAGUAA